UUACACUCAAUAUUUGACAAAGGAAUGAGGUCUUACCAAUUGCUUGCUCUCCAAACGUUUUUGUUUGCUUUGAGAGUUUCAUAGCAUCUUAGGUGUAGGGUGCAAUCAUUCAAGGUUGUCCUUUUUCGACAUUUGCGGGACUUCUGAAUCAACGACAGGUGUGCACAGCGCUGUGAGCCUGACUGCGGCGCGAAUUGGCUUUUCUUACUGGAAGCUGAGCGCGGGUGUUCUUUGGAAAUCCAGACCAGAUGCCGAAUGCGAGCGAAAUGCAAGAUUUGGGUUUAAGAAAAGGGGCACUCUAACCUUUGGAAAGGAGAUUCAGGCAACGAAGAUAUGGGAUCUCUGGAGUGGCGUUGGCCGCUCCUCGUCCUCACGGUGGUGGUCCAAGCCUGCCUCGCCACCGCCCCGGGCCCCGUCCGUGAGCGCUCCUGUCCCCAGAGCUGCAGAUGUGACGGCAAAAUAGUCUACUGCGAAUCGAACGCCUUCCGCGACGUGCCUAGCAACGUGUCGGUGGGGUGUCAGGGCCUCUCCCUGCGUUACAACAGCUUGGCGAGCCUCAGUCCGCGCCAGUUCUCAGGCCUCAGUCAGCUGGUCUGGCUCUACCUGGAUCACAACUACAUUAGCGAAGUCGACAGCCAAGCUUUCCACGGCGUCCGGAGGCUCAAAGAGCUGAUUAUUAGCUCGAAUAAGAUUACGCUGCUGAGAAACUCGACUUUUCAUUCUGUUACCAACCUGCGUAAUCUCGACCUCUCGUACAAUAAACUGCAAAUCCUACAGGCCGGACAGUUUCUAGGCUUGCGGAAGUUGCUCAGCUUGCACUUGCGGUCUAAUUCCCUGAAAACCGUCCCAAUGCGGGUCUUUCAAGAUUGUCGCAAUCUGGAGUUUCUUGAUCUGGGCUAUAACCGCCUGCGAAGCCUCACGAGGAACGCCUUCGCCGGGCUUCUCAAACUGGUAGAGCUUCAUCUGGAACACAACCAGUUCUCCAAGAUUAACUUCUCUCACUUUCCCCGCCUGACCAACCUUCGGGCCCUCUAUCUGCAGUGGAACCGAAUUAAGUCAAUAACCCAGGGCCUCACCUGGAUGUGGACCUCUUUGCAGAAACUGGACCUCUCGGGAAAUGAACUGUACGACCUGGAUGCCAGCACAUACCAGUGUCUCCCCAACCUCCAGACCCUAAACCUGGACUCCAACAAGCUCAGCAACAUGUCCCAAGAGACAGUAGAGGCGUGGAUCUCCCUCACCACCAUCAGCCUGGCUGGUAAUGUGUGGCACUGCAGUCCCAGUAUAUGUCCCCUGGUGGCCUGGCUGAGGAACUUCAAGGGAAACAAGGAGUCUACUAUGAUUUGUGCCGGCCCCAAGGAGGUUCAGGGCGAGAAAGUGAUUGAUGUGGUCGAGACUCUUAAUAUCUGUAGAGCGACGCCCAGCUCCUCUAUCUCCACCACAUCUUUACCAACCUCCACCUCCUUGCCUGCCCUCCUGGCCCUUCCCACGCCGCCCUCCGUCGUCGAGGGGCUGACCUUGGGAGGCCCGGACCCCCCAACCCCUACCCCCACUAGUGCCUCUCCUGACCUCCCUCUGCCCGAUAAUGAAUACAUCUCCUUCCACAAGAUCAUUGCCGGUAGUGUGGCCCUCCUCCUGUCUGUGGCGGUGAUUCUGCUGGUGAUCUAUGUGUCGUGGAAGCGCUAUCCCAGCAGCCUUAAGCUCCUACAGCAGCGUUCGAUGAGCAAAAAAAGGCGGAAAAAGGUGCAGGAAACAGAACGCACUCUUAGCUCGCCCCUGCAAGAGUAUUACGUGGACUACAAACCGACAAACUCUGAAACUAUGGAUAUGCUGGUGAAUGGGACGGGAUCCUACACGUACACCAUCUCGGGCUCCAGGGAAUGUGAGGUAUGACCCAUCGCCCUACUAAAAACCAUUUCCUCUGCGGGGCACAAGAGGUAAAUCCCAACAUGCGGGAAAAAGAUAGUUGACUAUUUUUUUCUCACAUUGGUGUUUGUUUCGUGAUUGGUGUUGUGAUUGGUGUAUUUAAAAGAAGGCUUUACUGUAUGGUGACUCAGUGUGGUGAAAUGCUGGGUGUCUUCUGGUUCAUGAACCAAAAUGGUUCAUGAAUCAGUUGCAAUUUGAAUGUAAUUCACUUUCCCUGUGAAGUGACUGUGCAGUGAAUGGUGAACUGUUUGGUAUUUGCUACAGUAUGGUUUGUUGUGAACACCAUGACUCAGGGAAUCACUUGAAUCAUGAAAUCCAUUGAAUGACUCACACACAGAAUUAGACAUUACACAAGUACACAAUAUUAGUAUAAUUUACCACCCCCCCCCCCCUCCAAUUAAAAAAAUAUAUUAUUACCAGUACAUAUCAGGGUACACAGAUCAAGUAUAUAAAGCCAGUAGUAGUUAGUAAACAGUAGAGAGUGGAGCAGGCAGCAGACAGUUUUUUGAUGGUAAAAGCAGAAGCACAACCAGUUCAGGCUUGAGGCCACAAUGAUGGAGGCACUCUUCAUUGGAAGAAGCCAGACAGGCCCUCUUUCCUCAGUGGGGAGAGACGUGAUUUGAUCACAGCAAAUUGCAGGUCUGUCUGAGAGCUCUAAGACAAAGCGAGAGGACGUCAGGGCAGAUUUCCAUCCUGCGUGUGGAGUGCACUGCCCUGAAUGGGUCAGAGCUGAGUCACACUGGAGCUCAAUGUGAAGGUAAAGGGAACGGGUCAUGGGGAAUAAACAAGGGGGAAAGGUUAAAGGUCCUCUGAGAUUUGUACAGUAGGCUAUACUCCUACCUCUAAGACAUCAGUAUCCUUGCAGCAAGCCAAAUGUUUCCCAUACAUUCAUCAACGCCUGCCUGUGUUUAAAUAUUAACCAGCAAUCAAUUUCUUACUGUCAUGUCGUACUAAAGUAGAGUGUAGGGACAGGGUACGUACUACAAGGAUUAGUGUGAUGGAAAUAUGUAGUGCAAAGAAUAGCUAUUUUGUGCAGACAACCACAAGGCAGGCAGGAGGGGGUAUGAGAGGAACUGAGUCAGAAGGGCUAAUUCAUUAGUCCAUGGUUAAUUAGGCACUUUUGCUUGUGCACUCUCUUUCAGCCCGCCUUAUGUUUCUCUGUCUUUUCCUGUUCGGUUGCUUGUUGUGUAUUGGCAGCGUGGUAGAGUGUGAUUAGCAGGGCAUGCUUUGCUUGAGAAGAUGUCACUAGAGUCUGCAGUGCACCUUUGUCUCCCAGAACCCCCUUGGUUGUCAUGAAAAGCAGAUAGAUGCACACCGAGGCACGGGUCCUCUAGCAUUAGCACCGUCAACCGGGGAACGCGACAAUGCCUGGGACUCGUUCCCACACACAACACGACUCCCAGUAGAAACACUGUAUGAGGUAAAGGUUGAACUUCCUGUCAACCGCCAUAAGAAUGUUGUCGCUUGAAUUUGACACUCACACUGGCUUUUCACGACAUCCGUCAUCCAAACAAUAAUGCACAAGGAUAUAAAGAUGAAAGUUAAAUGACUUGGAUAAAGUUUGAGAGAGUUUUAUAUGAAUAUUACGUAUGAACUGUGACAGCGGAAUAUUUACAUGCAUUCUAGGUACAGGGAGCCCUCUUCACAUAUACAGGGUGAAACCCAGGUUGUUGGUGGGGAAAAGACUAUUAGAUCUAAUACGGGCUAUCCACUGGGAAGUGCACAUGUAGCAAAAAACUUGAGGCAGGAUAUCUGUGGCAGAACAUUACUCACACACAAUCUAAAGCCGAAGCUGAUUGUAGGAACAAGUCUAAGCCCUGUUUAUCAGUGAUGCUUUUAUUUGGGAAUAUGGGGCAGGAGGAGCACUAAAAUGUAGACCUAAUGGGCAUUCUGCUGGUUAGAAUAACUAACGACUCGUCUGAGAGAAAUGGUUUUCCUCAUCAAGUUCCUCCUUGUCUUCUCCACCUCAGGGGGCAACUUGAGGAACGAGGAAUCUUAAUGACCAAACCUCAGUAACCUCCCAGGGAAACAUCAUCUUCUGGAGAGAAAAAAAAGACAGGAAAUGACCAAAGUUGUCGUUUUAUUUCCAGGUGGGAACACCACAUGUCCGGCCAGCCCAGCGCUCUCCUCUCCUCGCUGGCCUGCUUCUGGCUGGGUAAUGUAAGGCAGUGUAGUAAAGCAUCAGUGUGAUGUCAGGGAUUGGUGAGUCAUUCAGAGCAGUGGGAGUGAUAACCUCAGAAAACCAGCAGAAGAUCUGCUCUGUAUACCAACGCGAUACCAGAUUGAUAUUUUUCCCCUGGUAUUGUUUCUACAUCUAUUGUUUCCAUAUCUCAUUAACUCUUUUUGAAAUGUGUUAUUGUCUGAUACUUUGAAUAUGAAUAUGAAGUCCUUGGAAAUGCUGUAAUUGCUGGUAAUUGUUCACAUCCCUUUCAUAAAAGCAGGAUAUGAACAACUGUAAACAGACUCUCUCUUAGUAAUGCUGCUCAAAUCUUUAGGUCACUUCUCUCUCUCUCUCUUUGCACUGCUGUGGAUAAUUGUGUUUUUCAUGCAAUCUUUUCCACAUUAAUGUCGUAUCACAUGGCUCAGUGUGGAUGGACAGACGAACGAUGGAUUUGAAGAAAAUGGAGAAAGAUCGAUAUUGCAUGUUCUGUAAAACAUUCUCACCCAAGAUAAAUCAGUGGAUGAGAUUAUCCUUGGAGCAGAGAACAGAAGCAUUUCAUCAAUUGGAGAUCAGGAGUUAGUAUUGAUCCCCCAGCUCAUGCAUGUUGGACGUUAUUGAAUCCUUUCAGUUUCUCGCAAUUCUUUUCGAUCCCAGUCAAUACCCUCCCCCUUCGGUGGUUAUAGCUCACAGAGUAUGGAGUGGUUAAGGAAGAGGUAGCACUUACACUAGAUGCUGGUUAACUUGUUUUAAGAAGUUCCCAAUAGAGAGGUUUAAUAUAAUGUUCCCACCUGUGUACUUCAGAGAAGUACUCCAAACUAAAGAAAGUUCACAGUCAGACAGUCAAGAUGUCUUUGGAAAAAACAUCUGCCAAAAUUGCAUUUCAUUUACAUAGUACGUUUUCUUUGAACAUACGUUUAAUGUGUUGUGAAGUCAUUUCUAUUAGGGCUGGAAGGGAUUGUAGUGAAACAUGUUGGUAGAUCUAUUGUUGCAGAUUGGCAGAGGGUGUCACCAUAGAGACUUAAUGAGCCCUUGUAAGAGCCAAGGCUAAGGGAGCUAAUUGGUUGUUCUGUGGUGAUUGAUGUCAAGGUUGUCUGGACAUGCCAAAUUAGCAGAGCUGGGGUGAUAUGAGAAGGGCUAAUGGCUCGUGAGACAGGGGGAAGCCUUGAAGCUUACAGAAGUGCUUUGGGACAACCGAGACGCAAGAUACCUCUCAGAGAGCUGUCAACUUCCCCUGCGUUGAUUGAUGAAGCCAUGUUUGACUUUUGGGUGUUCAGUCCUUGUAAAUAAGUACGUUUUGGUGGGUGAAUAAGGGUGCAAAGAGUUCCUUUUCACCCGUCUGUUGCAGUAACCUUAUGUAGUACAGCCCCCCGGACAGGACAGAUUGUAGCCGGUCGACCUAUCAAAAGGCCCAGUACACCACCAACAGACUAACACAGUCUAGAUUCUGAAAUCUUUCUGUUGACGUCUAUCUGAACUGCUCGUGCUCAGAGUUCGCAAACAGAUCUAAGCAGAUUUAACACAAAUACACACACUGCACCAUGCCAGAUUCUACAGCCUUAACCUAAACUCCCAAUCCAACUCCCUGAUGCUUAGUGUCAAACAGAGAGGCAUUAGGUCUCAUUCCAGACUGAACCUACCAACUCAAACAGAGUUUGCCUCUUACUGAAGCGGGUUUCCGUGGUAACCAUUCCUUCAUUAUGCUUUAUGAAAAUGUCUUGAUUCUGAAAUUCGAUUCUGACAUGUUAACUCUCUAUUCAGAAUAUAUCUGUCAGUUAAUUGGGAAUUACGUUCUCAUUUUCAAAAGUCAAUGGACGCAUCAUCCAUCUGAA